CCAGUUCAGAGUUCACGGUGAAGUUUUUCUCACACUGGCCUCUGGAUGUCUCCUGAGAUUCUGUUACACACCAGCCUUAUUCUCCAUUAAACCACUUUCUCCUGCUCAGCUCUGGGACUAAAUGGCCUUCAGCUGUAAAAACAGCCCACAUUUCCUCCUCAGCAUGCGGACCCUUCAGACCAGGAUCUUCAGCAAGUACGUGUGCGAUGUGCAGGAGAGGAGACUGGACAUGUUCCGCCGCUUCACUGCACCUGGACGAUGGGACACAUCACAGCUUGGAGUAAAACUACAGCACAGGUGGAUUAUACCGAGGAACUCUGUGAGGAACUCUGAUACACGCUCAUAUUCGAGCCGGAAUGUUUAUCAUGAAGCUUUUAGGAAAGCAGGAGAGAAACCGGAACUCUUCUGGAGUGAAGCUGCACAGAAGAUAACCUGGUUUCAGAGAUGGACUAAAACACUGGACUGUACGGAUAAAGUGUUUCCUAAAUGGUUUGUAGGAGGAGAGCUGAACAUGUGCUAUAACGCUGUGGAUCGUCAUGUUGAUGCCGGGAGAGGAGAUCAGACCGCCAUCGUCCACGACAGUCCUGUUACUAACUCCAAACAGACCGUCAGUUACAGAGAGCUGCUGGAUCAGGUUUCCAAGUUGGCAGGUGUUUUGGUAAAGCAUGGUGUGAAGAAAGGUGACAUGGUGGUGAUCUACAUGCCCAUGGUGCCCCAGGCCAUGUUCACCAUGUUAGCCUGCGCCCGAAUCGGAGCUCCUCACAGCCUCAUCUUUGGCGGCUUUGCCUCUAAAGAACUCUCCGUCCGUAUCGACCACGCUAAGCCCAAACUUUUGGUUACGGCGUCGUUCGGGGUCGAGCCUGGUCGAAGGGUGGCCUACGUUCCUCUGGUGGAGAAAGCUCUGGAGCUGAGCAGCCACAAACCUCACAAAGUCCUCAUCUACAGUCGCCCAGGCAUGGAGAAAGUGUACACACACCCUGAGCUGAGCCUGGACUGGGACCAGGAAAUGUCUUCGGCCCGUCCUCAUGACUGUGUGUCUGUUCCUGCUCAUCAUCCUCUCUACGUCCUGUACACUUCAGGAACCACCGGCACACCAAAGGGUGUAGUGAGGGAUACAGGAGGCUGUGCGGUGAUGUUGAACUGGACCAUGUCCAGCAUUUACGGCCUGAACCCUGGUGAGGUCUGGUGGGCUGCGUCAGAUUUGGGUUGGGUCGUCGGACACUCUUACAUCUGUUACGGUCCUCUUCUCCAUGGCAACACCACCGUGGUCUAUGAGGGAAAACCCGUGGGGACUCCGGAUCCUGGAGCAUUUUUCCGUGUCAUGUCUGAGCAUGGAACAGCGUCGGUGUUUACGGCUCCCACUGCCAUCAGAGCAAUCCGACAACAAGACCCACAUGCAGCGUACGGAAAACAGUACACACUCAACAGUCUCAGGUCGUUAUUUGUAGCAGGUGAGAGGUGUGAUAUCGAGACACUACAGUGGGCUAAAAAGAGUUUUGGAGUUCCUGUUUUAGACCACUGGUGGCAGACUGAGAGCGGCUCAGCCAUCACAGCGUCAUGUGCCGGUUUGGGAAAUUCUCUAUCUCCCCCUGCUGGAACUGCAGGCAAACCUGUACCGGGAUACAACGUGAUUGUGAUUGAUGAUGAAAUGCAGCAGGUGAAACCGGGGAUGAUGGGAAAUAUUGUGGUAAAGUUGCCUCUCCCUCCCGGUGCUGCUCUCUCUCUCUGGCAGAAUGAGGAGCUCUUUAAAAAAAUCUACUACACCAAAUUCCCUGGUUACUAUGACACCAUGGAUGCUGGAUAUGUUGACGAGGAGGGGUUUGUAUACAUUAUGUCACGCUCUGAUGAUGUCAUCAAUGUGGCAGGCCACAGGUUGUCCACUGGAGCACUGGAGGAGUGUAUAUUGAAGCAUCCUGGGGUAGUGGAUUGUGCUGUAGUGGGACUGGAGGACUCACUGAAAGGACACGUCCCUCUGGCACUGUGUGUCCUCCGACACGAUUUUGAGAAGAAUAAAGCCGUCGUGGAGAAGGAGCUGGUCAGUUUGGUGCGAGAGAACAUCGGUCCAGUCGCUGCUUUCCGGAAAGUUCUAUUCGUCAGAUCUCUGCCCAAAACCCGCUCAGGAAAAAUCCCUCGCUCCUCUCUGGCCAAUCUCAUCAACCACAAGCCGUACAAGAUCAGUCCCACCAUCGAGGAUCCUGGAGUGUUUAAGACCAUUGAGAAGGUUGUGAGGGAACAUCUAAAAGGGCCUGGAAGUUAAAAACACACACACACACACACACACACACACUUCAGCCUCUGUGAACUUUUGGGAGCCUGUAACCACUCGGUGUACGAUGGCAUUUAAAUGCGACGAGCAGAAAAAAAUCUGCAUGUCUUUUAGAGUGUGAAGAAGCUGAUUAAACUGUGAUUUGUCGACGCCUGAUGUCUAAACACACAAACAAAAUAACAAUGAAAUAUUAGCCGUAUCACUCUUUUAUAUAAUUUUGCUGUAUCAUCAUGUUUUUCAUCAUUAUGAACUUUAACACUUCACAAAAAUACUCUGUUAGCUCCCUCUGCCAAGAUAACAGCUCGGAGUCUUCUCCUACAACGCUGAUGAGGUUGGAGAAUACAUGGUGAGGGAUCUGAGAGCGUUCCUCCAGACAGAACCUCUCCAGAUCCUUCACGUUUCAGGUCCACGCUGGUGGACUCUCCUCUUCAGUUCACCCCACAGGUGUUCUAUGGGGUUCAGGUCAGGACGCUGGGAUGGUCAUGGCAGGACCUUGAUUUUAAAAGCUCUAUUUUAGUUUCAUCUGACCAUAGAACCCCGAUCCCAUUUGAAGGUCCAGUAGUGUCACGAUUGAACAAUUUCCUGUUCCUCGUCACCCAGGUGUACUAAAAAAAAAAAAAAGUAAAAUAUCGAUGGGAGUGUACUUCAAAUAUAUAUUUUUCCUCAUACGAACUCAUAGGGGUGCCAAUAAUUGUUCUAUAUUUGAUAAACCUGUGUGCUGUUUGCAAUUGUUUGAUAUCUAUGAGAGCAGAGUAUUUUUGUGUAUUUUUGUGUAUUUCUUUUUUUAACAAAACCUCAAACACUUAAACAAUAAAGACAAUUUCUCACAGCUUUCUUUGCUCAUAUUUCCCAAGGGUGCCAAUAUUAGCGGAGGCCGCUGUCAUGCUUCACUAACCUAACUGCGGUAAUAUUACUUUACUAGCUAAACUUUAGUAAUGUCGCCUGAUAACGCGUUUAACGCCUGUUCUGUUAAACUCCUGUGAGGUUAACUUUAACAACAUUACUUCAUUUACCAUCUUGCGUUUAGUAACGUUCGCAAAAUCACUCCAGUACUGUAGCUCCAGUAACGUUCACUGAAGUCAAGCUAGUAAAGUCAGAUUAUUAUUGUCAAUUGUUUUCAUGCUUAGCUCAAAUUUAUAACGAUACUUACUUUACUAACCUGAGUAACUAAAACCUCUGGGUGACGGGGCUUCUGUCUCUGCUCCUUCACUGUGGAACGCUCUUCCUCCUGAACUCAGGGAAGCCCGGACUGUUGGCAUUUUUAAAGCUCUUCUCAAGACACACUUUUUUAAACUUGCCUUCGACUGCUGAUGUCUUUUUAGAUUGUUUUACAAUUAUUUUUUUAUUAUUAAUGUUGUUGUUUUUGUUCUUAUGAACUUUUAUUUGUUUUAUUUUUCUGUGGACUGUGAUUUUAUGUACAGCGCUUUCAGAAGCUGCUUUAAAGGCGCUUCAUAAAAUAAAGUUUAUUAUUAUUAUUAA